ACGAUUUUUUUCUUGACGAUUCUGGUUUUCUUCAAAAACUAAUUGAAGAGACUGACGAUUUUGAAUAUUUUGUUCAAAAAAUAGCUGGAGUAUACGGUGUAUCAGCUGAUGAAGUUAAAGUAUAUCAGAGCAAUAAUCGUACUGAUAUUGUUGUAAAACAUAUUGAUUCAAAAAAGGAAGAAUAUUUUAUUUGUCUUAAUUAUGAUAGUGUAGAAAUAAGUAUUAAAUUUGGAUUCCUUCUUAGAGAAGCUUUUC